UUCUCAAUGCUAUUCUCAUGCUUGUCACAUGUGUUGAUUGUUCAUCAGCUGUUAAUACUCGAAAUGAUCUCACUGAAAUUGAAAAAGAAGUUUGUUUGUCAACAGGAAAAUUUGAAGAUUUCAUCAGUGAAUUUCUGAAUCGAACAUUCCAAAUGAUUGAUACAUUAUCAACUGAAAUGUCUGAUGCUGUUGUUGUUAUUUCUAAAACUAAUGUUGAAGAUCAUGUAACAGAAUUAGCAUUGACAUCAAUGAUGUUUGGUAUUGUUCAACAAUGUAGUAAUAAAAUAUUUCAAAUGGUACGAGAAAAAAUAACAAAUUUUCUUGCUGGAUCAUUUUUUACACCAAAAGUUGGAAAACUUGUUACUGGUCUUGUUCGAGCGAUUCUCAAAGGAAGACCAGAAGAAACACUGAAAUAUCUUCUUCCACAGACAUGUGAACGUAUUGAAAAUAUUAUGAGUCAUGCAGAAACAACAAUAUUAACUGAUCAUAAAGGAGAUACAGAAUUAACAUGGUGUUUAACACUUUUUUCUGAACUCGUUCGUGCUCGUGGUGAUACUUUACUUAUUUAUAAACCAAUGAUUCUAUCAGUUUUUCAUCGAUGUGUUCGUAUUAUUCAUAAAGAAACACAUGACGCUGUUGCAAGUGCUGCAAAAAACAUACUGAAAGCAUUGUCUUAUGUUUAUGCAACUGAAUAUCGAUUAACAACAGAAAAUAUUGAAGAACCAUUUACAGACUUCUUACCUAUUCGAGCAUGGGGUCAACAUGUUGAAUUUGAUAAACUUCAAGUAAAAUUUCAUGUUCCGAAUGAAGACGAAGUUGAUUUUGCAUGUGAAUUUGUUGAGACAUUUAUUUAUCCUGAAUUAGAAUUACUAAAUGAAAAAUGUUCAAAAAUGUCAAAUGAUGAACGAUUAAGAUCGCUUACAAUAAUACGUUUCAUAGCUAUCGGAUGCUUUCGUAUGGUUCCACGUAUCGAUAGUAAAGAAGUAUUAAAUUUAGUACCAUCAGUAGUACCGAUUGAUACUAAAAAGCGACCGAGAUAUACACUCUAUGCUAAAGAACCUAAAUUUAAAGAAAAUUUACGAAUGCGUCUAGUUAUUGAUAUAGGAAAAUUACUUGAUGUUCUUGUUGAAAAUCAUUCUGAUGAUGCAUCAUCUAUAAAAACAGCUUUGAAAAUUUAUUCAAUAACAUCAGUUUAUUUCGGUGUAUUUGAAAAUUUUGUUGAAAAAUUAUGCAAAGAUCUUGAGUCCAUAAAAUAUUCAUUUAAAGAUAAACUCUCUGGUAAACGAAAACAUCCUCGUUUUGUUAUCAUUAAACGAAUUGCAAUACAACUUGAAUUAUUUUCCAUCAGUAAUUAUCAAAGUUUAACUGAAAUUGAUAAACAAGUUAUAUUCAAAUUAUUCGAAUUAUCAAUUCAUCGAUAUGGUGAAGUUCGUCGUAAUGCACAAGUUUAUUUAUUUCAUAUUUUACGACGUUAUCUUUUUUCCUAUCAAGUAAUUAUUGAUCGUAUUCUUGAAUUACUUGAUAAACCAGGUGACGCUGAUCAUGAUCAAAUCAAAGGUUGUCUUUAUAUUCUUCUUGGAAAUGAUUCAAUAUUUAUUCCAACCAAACAUUCAUGGACAUUAUUAGAAAAAUUAUGGCCAUCACUUGCACGUACAAUGCAUGCAACUAAAAUUAGUACACAAAAUUUACUUGAUCGUAUUAUGGAAAAAAUUGGUAAACAAUUUGAUACUCCAGCUAUUAUUGAAGAUACAAAUGAUGUAGCAAUGAAAGCAGCAAUUGAUCUAUGGAGACCAUUAGAUGCAAAUGAACUGCAAUCACGUGAUCAAAUGCGUGAUGAACGAAAUCAAGCAAAUAUUCGUUCGUAUAAUAAUCUUAUGGAAAUAUUAAAUUCAUUAUUUUAUGGUGAUCCAUUGACUUGGCGACAACAAGAAAUGACAAUGGCUUUCAUAUGGUUACUUCUUCAGAAACGAAUUCCAAUACCAUCAUCGUGUAUUCGAACAUUUGUGGAUUUUCUCAUUCAUGAUAAUGUUGAAUUACGAAAGAUUUCUGAAAAAGGUAUUGCCGCAUUUUGUCGCAUACAAAAACCACCACGAUUUUAUGUUGAAAAAACUCUUCAAGAGAUUCUUCAACGUCCAGUUAAUGUUGAUGAAUGUCAUCCAGGUGAUCGAGAUGAUAAUCUAUGGAUAACAAUCAAUGAUUAUAAACCACCAACAUCACAAAUCCAAUGGGAAGAAACAUGUUUUAUGGAUAAAAGUUAUCAUGGUUAUUAUAAAUGGCCAAAAGUAAUUCGAUAUCCAUUAAAUAAACGAGAACGAUAUACAAAAGAAAAUAUGCCUGAAAAUGUUAGAAUUCUGUAUGAAAAAUUUAUUGAUAAAGAUUUUAUAAAUAAAUUUACACAAUUUAUGGUUUUGGAUGAAGAAAAAGGAAAGAUUAAUUUUGAUGCAAGACGGUUUAAUAUGUUUAAAGGACUUUUUCGUAAUUUUGGUUCAGCAUUUGUUGAUAAUUUUAUGGAAAGAUUAUAUAUAUUGAUACAUGAAAAAACGAAAGAAAAACAUGAAGGAAGUCAUCGAGUAGCAGCUGAAAUUGUUGGUGGACUUAUUCGUGGUUCAAAAAAUUGGACAGUAGAAGCGCUUGAUGAAUUAUGGUCAAAAUUAACACCAUUUUUGAAUGAAGUUUGUUCGAAUCUCAGUCCAGAAACGCUUUCUCAUUGGGGUACAUGUUUUAAAUUGGGAAUUGAAGAUGAAGAUCCACGUCGAAUGUAUCGUCCAAUUGAAUUUAUACGUUCAUUAAUAAAUAUACAUCCAACAGGAAAUACAUUUCUUGAAACAUCACGUUGGUAUCUUGUUCAAACAUUAACUAAUUUUGAAUGGCGUGUACCAGCUAUAUGGUGUCUCAUUAAUGAACAAGCUAGAGAUUUACUUGAUCAUCCAUUUAAAGCUUUUCGAGAACGUAUUGCAAAUAUUUUAUCAGUUUCAUUGAGUUUUGAUGUAGCGUUGCCCAAUGGUCAAUCAGUACGUCAUCCAAAUGCGAAUAAGUUUAUUGAUGCAAUGCGAGAACGAUUACAACAAGCAAUUGAAAUUUAUGAAAAAACACCAUUAGCUAAUGUAUCAGGUCAAGUUGUAGAAAUCGAUCCAGAAGCUCGAAAAGCUUUAAAUUUUAUUGAAACAGUGAUACAAUUACAUACACAUUUAUUUACUCGAUGUUUACAACCAAUGAAACUUUCAGUUAUUCGAAUAUUUCCAUUACUUUGCGAAUUAGAAAGUAUUGUUGCAAAUGAUGAUUUUAUUCGUAAAAAUUUAACAAUCACUCGAAUGUGUGUUGCUAUGAGUUAUUUGCAUAUAUCAUUCAUUGAACCAUUAAUCGAACAAUUAGAACAAGUUUGUUCAAGUUCCAAAUGGCAUGCACGUCGUGCUGCUAUUGAGUUUGUACAAAAUAUGAUCUUUUGUAAUCU